AUGGCCUUUUUGUCGGACUUGCAUUUUUUCCCUCCGGAAGCACUUCAGGCGGUCUGGAUUGAAGAGUUUUGCUUUGUGUUGCGUGGGCGUGUUGGCUUUGCCUUGAGGGCAUCAGUAGCUAUGGCUUGGGAACAGUCGGGCAGACCCUUCUUGCAUGUGAACAGUGACAGGCUUUUGUCGUUGGGCUUUUCGAUUCAUGGUGAGUAUGUGCAUUUCACUGCGAACUACACUCCUGCAGGGCAAUCGGCCAGUGAAAAACGGCAGCACUACCAAGAAGCUCAGAAGCUCCAUUUGCAGUGCUUGGAUGUGUCGUCUUUUCAGAUCUGGUCGGGUGAUUUCAAUGGACAUGUCGCUGCGGGUGAGGCGGAACCGGAAGUGUUGGGUUCUCAUGGCUUGACAUCUCCUUCUACCACAGCUGGUGGCCGGAUUCUCAAAGAAUUUCUUCGUGGGACACAACUUUGUCACGUGGACUCCUUUCAUGAUUGCAAUGCUCGUGGCACCUGGAAGCAUAACCUCACACAUGAGUUCUAUGAACUGGAUGUUUUCUUGAUUUCUCGCAGUCAUGCCCACCUGGUUGGUACACACAUGGGAACGUUUCCAGGCGUUUCUGACCACCUUGCCAAGACUUGUUUUGUGCAUGUGGGCAACUUGGUGAAGCGGCAACAGCGCAUGGCGAGGCGUCGUCUCUGGCAGCGUAGGAAUUUUCAGCGCACCACCUUGCAACCUCAGUUGAACAUGGCUGCUUUUCGGGGGCCCAGUGCCUCGGCUGUUGCUUGUCGACAGCAGUAUAGUGCCUUGGUGGACAAGUUGCUUGACAAUUUUGACGUGUCUCCAGCUCCAGAUGCUCCAGAACAACGGGCGUUUGAUGGUGUGCUUGAGGGCUGGGAGGAGUCUCAUCCCCGUGUUUGGCAUGCGUACACAGAUGGCUCUGGGCAGUUAGCUGAGAUUGCUCAUGGCCAGGUUGUGACGCCAGCCACUGCAGGCUGGGGUGCAGCAGUUUGGACUCGUGAUAAGGUGUUUGAAGCUUGUUGUCCGGUCAGUUUACAGUCUUCGCAGCGUGACUUUCGUGGAGCAGAGCGUGCCACUAACAACACAGCAGAAGCUAGUGCCAUGCUUUUUCUCUUCGAGUGGUGUUUGCGCAACAUUGAACAUUUCGAUGUUGUACACGUGCAUUAUGACAGUGAGUAUGCCAUGAAUGUGUCGCUUGGUCGCUGGCGAGUCACUCGAAACACUGUUUUGGCCAAGCGCUUGAAGGCCACCUUGCAGAAGCUUCAAGCUCUUCGUUGUGUGAAAUGGACUUGGAUCAAAGGUCAUACUGGCAAUCAAGGCAAUGAGCGUGCUGACAAGUUGGCAAAUGAUGGACGUUUGGGUUGCUACACUCCUUUUCAGGAUCUUGCGUCGUCGGCCCCUCGGCGACGUCUGGUUGGGAAACAGCCCCUGGUUCCUGUGCCUGAACUUCCUCAGGUUCCAGAACCCGAUGUGACGUGGACAGAUUUGGCUAAUACCUUGGUUGUUGCAGCAGAAUCUACUUUUGGUCGCACAGUGCACCGUGGCUUGUGGAGUCCGUAUACAAAAGACGAUCUGCGCAGCUUGGACAUGCAUGACCAGGCGGUCAUGCGGGCUUUUGACAAUGUGCGUCUCUCGCUUGACAUGGUUUCCCGUGCAGCAAGCAAUGAGCUCUUCAGGAAGGCAAAGCGUGCUCGCGCAGUUUUCAAGGCAGGUUGUCGAAAACGGUGGAUGGAACAAGUUCUUGAAGUUCUCCAUAGCAGCUUGGAUUGUCACGAUGUUAGUCUUUUUUACAGAACGUUGAAGCAGAUUGGAAUUUCGGUUUCAGAUUACUCUCGUGAAGGCCUGCAAUCCUUUUCCUUGGAUGCUCUGCGAACUCAAGCUCAGAAAUCUGCAGGGACAGUUGAUCCGGUGAACCCAGACCUGAUCGCCAGUGUGGUCCCGGAGUAUCCUACGGCGCACCACUUGGGUGUGCCCCCGAAUGACCAGGAAAUUUCGGAGGCCUUGUGUACACUUCGGGAGAGCUCUCCGGGCUUGGAUGAAGUCACAGUCCAUAUGUUGAAAUUUGCAGGUUCUCGUGCAAGGUGGCAGCUUCGCCUUCUUCUCCAUCAAAUGUGGUCUACAGAUCCGACAACCUGGGAUAAACUUGCUAUGGAAGGUGUCGCAGUUGCUUUAUACAAGGGUACAGGUGAUCGCUCUGACUUGGACAAUCAUCGUUUUGUCGUACUUCUCAGUGCUGUCAGUCGCGUGCUGGCUCGGAUUCUUGCUACUCGUAUUUCGCAAUGGGCAGAACAGCGCGGUUUUUUCCCAGAGGAGCAGUUUGGUUUUCGGAAGCACAGGUCUACGCAGGAUUGCUUGUUUGCGGCACGUCUGCUCGUUGAAAUGGCAUCGGAGGUCCCGAUGGGUGUUACUCAUCCCUUGGAACAGCUUCUGGUCCUCGUCUUCGUUGAUAUUACCAAAGCCUAUACCCGAGUUCAACGGUCCUCGGCGUGGUUGGUCUUCUCUCGUUUGGGCAUGCCAGACAAUGUCAUUCGACUUUUGCAAGGGUUGCAUGACAUGACGACCUACCGAUGUCGUGCUCGUCAAGGCUUGAGUGACACGUAUCAACAAUUGACUGGCUUCAGGGAGGGAUGUUGCACCUCACCGGUAUUAUACAACUUGUAUCAUACUUGGCCUCUGCGUGAUUUCAACAAGCGUCGCCAUGAGUCUCUACAACUCCAGUGUAUACAUGACAAGCCGUUCAACCUGCGCAUGCAUAAGCAACAAAGGAAGGGUGACUGUGUUCUUACCAAGCAACUUUCGCUACUUAGCUUUGCAGACGACACUACCUUGCUGGCUCGUGGCAACAACUACCAGGAACUGGAAGAUCUCUUAUGUGCUACCUUGGCUGACUGGAAAGAGACCAUCAAGCCCCAGAAGACGAAGCGGCUGAUGGUUGGAGUUGCCGGUCGUUCCACCGACCGCCCUUGUGUGGAGGCUGCAAAACUUCUUGGUUCUUGGUUGCAGGACAAUGCUGGCUAUGCUACAGAGGACUGUAAACGUUUGGAGGCAGCCAGAGCAAUUUGGCGUUCGCUAUACAAGCAAUUUCCACGUUUUAGUUUGACAGCAAAGCAGAAGGGUCGGGUGGUGCAUGCAACAGUGAUUCGCAAUUUAUUAUAUUCUACAGAGUCUCGUGUGGUUUCAGCUGUGACAAUUCGCAAGUGGCAGGUCUUCCUCAACGCUAUAGCCCGAGGGUUGACGGGCCGUCGACUCCGGGACAUGGAGGGCAGUAUGACAAUGGCCGACGUGCGCCGCGAGGCAAACCUUGACUCCAUUCAUGUUUACAUUGGUGUUGGCCAACUCAGGUACCUAGGGCAUGUUGCCCGCCUUCCAGCAGCAAGGUUGGAAAGGGCUUUGCUGUUUAGGUGGCUUCCUUCGGAAUCGGGCCUGCCGGCCUCCAAACAGGCACCUUCGACACGGAGGCACUUCUGGCAGCUUCUCAAAUCAGCAAUGGAGGCCAGUGGUGUGGCCAACUGGGAGCAUGAGUGGGUUCGUAUUGCUGGUGAAGAUGGUGGAGCAGUUUGGUCUACGAUUGUUGCUACGUGGAGAAAGAAACAGCGUGACUUGGAAACUCAGCAAACAUGGGUGGAGAAACAUUCUGCAGCUGCAACUACAGCUCGACGGGAAACUGCAGAACAACGUGUUUUUGACUCCAUUGGUGCUCGACCUACUGGCACUGGCAAAUACAUUUGUCCUCAUUGCUGUGAUCCUCCGGUUACCAUGUACUUGAAGUCUUUGCGGAAACAUGUUGAACUGUGCAAACUUUUGUCUUCCGCAGUUCGCGCUCGGCAGGCUGCUCAACGUCAGCGUGCCUUGGACCAUGCUAUAGCAGCUCCUGCUGCCCCUGUGGUUCCUACUGAAGUUGCUCCAGUACCAGUGGCUGCGGCGGCUGAACCUCAUGAUGCUCCUGCAGUUCCAGCCGCCAAGCCAAAGGCGCGGAAGUCUCGGAGGAAUGAUGACUGGGACCCACAGAAAGUUCGGGAGGCUUACCAACAACGGUUUCCCCAUCGGCAGAUGUCCUUGACAGAUCUCCCGGCUCCACAACCUCCUUCUCACCUGGAUAACCAGACGUGCUUGUUCUGUUUGGUGAAGUUCCCUUCGACUGCCAAGUGUUGCCAUCACUCUUUAGCAUGUCCCAAAAUGCCCUACAAGGAAUGGUUGCGUCGUGUUCGAGUUUGCCAACAUGACUUUCGUGAGUCCAACUAUAAGGCCAAAGCUGAGGAACUCAAGCAGAGUGGGGCUGCUGGCACGCAUGAGCACCGUGCCAAGAAGUUUGCUGGUGGCCGUGCAGUUCCUGCUGACUCUGAAGAUGCUGUCCUGACCAAGCUUUUGCGUUUUUCCUUGCAUCAGGCGACUGCGCUUGACCAUGUCCAGCAAGGUGCGGUGACUGUCUUCGUGGUUUCCCAUGAGCCAAUGCAGCAGAAGUUGGUGGAAGCUAUCCAACUGUGGGACCAAUUGCUGCCGCCGCAGCCCACGCCUGGGCAGUGGGUUCCUCACCCGUUGGGUGAGCGCCGGUGCUUUUUGUUUGCUGCCAUGAUGGAACAGAUUGCGGCUCUCCCAUUUGCUAAGGAGGUCAAUGACUCUGUGCAGUACUUCUCUGCGAUGAACUUGGAGACAGACAUGAAGUUGGCUCUCGGGUCGUUUGGGCCUAGGUACUCAACUCCAAAGGCUGGCCGCCCUUGGGUUUUCGAGUUGACCAUCUCCUCUGUGGCUCCAGAUUCCUUUCGUCUUGCCCUUGGAAAGAUCAUGUCGUACCUCCAGUCCAACAAGAGUGACUUGCUGAAGGUGGAAGGGAUGCGCAAGGGUCCUGUUGGUCUUCGUCAGAGCCUGUGGGAUGACUUGAAGCGUCUGCAGCCGAUGGCAAAGUGA